AUGUUGGACAACUUCGGCAUACCUCGAUCUCAAAUAUCCCCGAGGGACCGGGCUGGAUCGACCAGCGACUUGAAGUUGCCAAACGCCGCUCAAGUCCAGGGACCGCUCUGGUUUUUCAAUGCUCUCCAGCUCAUUGGUUUCACACUGAAUCUGACAAUCAUCUUGACGGUGGCAUUGAAUCACAAACGAGUCAGAAGAACUACGGUCUGGUACCUGUUCAUGUCUAGCUGGGUUCUUUGGUGCAUUGCGUAUGGUCUGCUUUUUAUCCUUGGCUAUCAGGGCUCUCAGCUCCCACCACCCGGUCUUUGCUUGUUUCAAUCUGCCCUUGUUUAUGCAUUGCCACCUUUUGGUGCGUUGUUGACGUUCGGGAUACUCGCCCAGCUAUAUUGUGCAAUGCAUAUUAGUCUCCAUCAACGUCGACCGCAUAAAUACGUCAACGUCUUCAUAACGGCAAUACCUUUCAUUGUGUUUUCAGCAGUCUUUAUCGAAGUUAUAGUGGUGAUCCUGUUUCGUGUACGAGUCUCGAUGAAACAGCUCAUUACCUUGCUUGUUACCCAGCUUGGUGUCGGAGACAUGGAUUCCGUCGCUCGAAACGCACCCCAAAUGUAUUGUAAUCUGAAGAACAAGACCCCCGCAAAACUCAGUGCACUCGCUGUUGGUUUGACUUCGUGUGCAAUGUUAGUACUUGAAAGUCUGGUUCUCGUGACUCUAUUUAGGCAUUGGGACGCAUUUGUGCGCAUUCGAGAGGUUCCCGGAAACGUCCUCUCCGGAACGAUGGCUUUGAGAGUCACCGUUUUCAGCUUCAUGCCCAUGAUUGCCCUCUUACUUUCUGUGGUAUCAGUACUGUCGACUGACUUUUCAACCAGUGCGAUAUCCAAUGUUGCAGUCGCUUUUUCACUGGUCUUUGGAACACAAAAGGAUGUCAUCUCGUCAUUGAUAUUCUGGAGAGCGGAUGAUAAGAAGUUGGAAAACGAAAGAGUCGCACACGCUUCUUCGUUGGGAGUCCCACCGAUUGUUCGUAAAGAAGUGUUUGUGUCAGAGGUAUAACUGGGUUAAGACUUCGGCUGGCGACUGAAGGCUACUACUUUUUACACACCUAAUUCGUUGCUGAGUACGAUCUUUUGGAAAUUCAUUCGUUACUUCGGAUGAGGGUGCUUCCCUGAGGUGAGGCAUCUCGGAGGAGAUCAACUUGUGGUGCACAAACUGAACUUGGCAGCUGUGAACAGUAACGCGGCAUCACCGGUCGACGUCG